UGUUUCAACUUCAUCGGAGAUUAAAUUGACGCUUAUAGGAUAACCUGGAAAUCUAAAAACCAUUUGUCUCACUACUUUCAUAAGGCAAUAUGGUCACGUCCCAUAAAGCUGACUCAUAGUGGGGCUAUUGGAACACAGCUCAAUGUAUGAAGUACCCCUUAAGCCCUGACAACCCCCCUGAAGAUGGAAUUAUGAAUAUGGCAGCCUUUCUGCGGGGCUUUGAAGACAGAGGGACAAAGAACGACAGCCUGGAGGGCCAGCUGGGUAAAGAGAAGAAGAAGAUUCUCUUCUCUUUCUGUGAGGUGUGCAACAUCCAGUUGAACUCCGCAGCCCAGGCUCAGGUCCACUACAAUGGCAGAUCCCACCGAAAGCGAGUGAAGCAGCUGAGUGAUGGGCAGCCACUCCCCCCGGCUCAGGGCUCCGGGCCACCGCUGGCCAGUUCCAGCACCGACACCAGCACAGGAAGUACAUGCCACACCACGCCCCUCCCUGCUCUUGUGCGCACACCUGCCUUGAUGAUGCAACCCUCCCUGGAUAUCAAACCCUUCAUGUCUUUCCCUGUGGACAGUAGUUCUGCUGUUGGACUCUUUCCAAAUUUUAACACGAAAAGAAGAGGCUUAUUUGGGACCAAUAAAUUCUGCCAGAUGGAUCCUGUGCAAAAAGCAGUCAUAAAUCACACAUUUGGAGUGUCCAUUCCCCCAAAGAAGAAGCAAGUUAUUUCGUGUAAUGUCUGUCAGCUUCGCUUUAACUCUGAUAGCCAGGCCGAGGCCCACUACAAAGGAAGUAAACAUGCCAAGAAGGUCAAAGCACUAGAGGCAACGAAAAAUAAACCCAAAAUGGUUUCUUCCAAGGACAGCGCAAAGGCUAAUCCCAGCUGCUCCAUCACUCCCACCACAGGCACCAGCUCUGACAAAUCAGAAGAUAAGGGGAAGUUAAAAGGCAGUUGUGGCCAGCCAGAAGGUGGUCCGUUUCUCCUCAAAUCUGGCACCACACCCCUGCCACCUGGAGCGGCCACUUCUCCCUCCAAGAGCACAAAUGGUGCUCCUGGUUCUGUUCCUGAAUCCGAAGAAGAAAAAGCCAAAAAAUUACUCUAUUGUUCACUCUGCAAAGUGGCCGUGAACUCUCUGUCACAGCUGGAGGCGCACAACACAGGUUCUAAACACAAGACCAUGGUUGAAGCUCGAAAUGGGGCUGGCCCAAUUAAGUCCUAUCCUAGACCAGGAUCAAGAUUAAAGCUGCAGAAUGGCAGUAAGGGGUCAGGACUACAGAACAAGACAUUUCAUUGCGAAAUCUGUGAUGUUCAUGUUAAUUCAGAAAUUCAACUCAAACAGCACAUUUCUAGUCGGAGACAUAAGGAUCGAGUUGCAGGAAAACCAUUGAAGCCAAAAUACAGCCCUUACAACAAACUUCAACGGAGCCCCAGUAUUUUAGCGGCAAAACUUGCAUUCCAGAAAGACAUGAUGAAGCCUUUGGCACCGGCUUUCCUGUCCUCGCCCCUGGCAGCAGCCGCAGCUGUGUCUUCAGCACUGACACUCCCCCCGCGGCCAGCUGCCUCGCUCUUCCAGGCUCCAGCCAUACCUCCGGCUCUCCUGAGGCCCAGCCACGGACCCAUCAGGGCCACUCCUGCCUCCAUCCUCUUUGCCCCAUACUAAUAUCUACAAGCCCCAAGAUGGUGAAGGCCAGAAGGAAAGCUGAGAAGGAAAACCAAAAUGAUUCCAUAAUUUAAGCACUUUGUGUUACAGUGCCCCCAUCCACCCCUAAAAUGUAGCACCUCACCCGUAACCCCAGCUCCAAAGAAAAGCAGAUCACUGGAUUCAAGAGGGUUCGUUUUAUAGACAGCUUCUGAAAUUGAGGGAUCGGAGCAGUACAGACAGUACAGACCCUCCCACCCCUGUCGGCCAGCCAACAUGUGUCUGCCCCAAUCCAUUUGAUGUCUGGGAAAGGUGGUGUCUUCAGAUUCUCUGUACCAGAAAAGGGUGAAAAAAAUAGAUUUUUAAAAAGGCUCAGAUGUUGUUCCCAUGGAUCUGAUCUGGCUUAGAAAUAACAUGGAAUAUUUUGCUGACAGACUUGAAAUUUAGGAUCUGUAAAUAACUCUGGAAUCCAACGGGGCAUAUUUUAAUGUGGGACAACAACAAAAGUAGAUUAACACAGUGCUCACUUGUGGAAUCCAUCUCACCAGUGGAUCACAACGUCUUCUCUCCGGUGUGCUCUUGUUGACAGGGACAGUGUACUGUUUUAGACCCACGUACUAUUAUGUCCUGUGUAGUACUAGAUCUGUAUCUCUUGUCUGAACUCAACAGUUUUCUGUUGCUGUGUAAAUGUUAGGAAGCAAAAUAGCUUUGAAUUUUCUCUUCAAGAGAACAAAAGAUAAUGUAUUUUCUUUAUUUCAUACUUUAUUUAGAGAUAUUUAAAAGAAAUAGAAAGCCAUAUAACAUAGCUAUAAUUACUACCUGUUUGCUAUUAUUUGUUUAACUUAUUUUAUAGCUUCCUCACUGGUUUGAGUUGCUAAGCAAAUGUAUACAAACAGAAAAAGAGCUUCCUAAAUGGCACAUUUUAGCACCUCUAGUGCAUUCUGCAAGAAGGCAAUGAAUCCAUGUACCUCUACAUAAUUACCUUCUUCAUUUUUGACUUGUUCUCAUUUGUAAUGAUGCUACAUAAUUUUGUGGCUCCCUAAUGCAAUAAUGUACAGAAGAUUAAAAACAUUAUACUGGAACAACUUGUCUUUCUGUUCACGAAGUCUGUUGGCGGUCCUCUCCCCAUGCCCCGUCUAAGCUGAUAUCAGCAAGGCUGGAAUGUUGGUGAGAUCAGGGGCAAGAGGUAUCAAAACAUCAGAAAAUAGAGUGAACUCUUUUAGAGCAUCUAUAUCUGCGAUCUGUAAAUGGUAAAAUGUCUGUGUAUUUUUUUAAAUGUAUCUUUUCAAUAAAAGUACAAAAUA